AUCCGCCAGUCUACUCCGCUGGAGCUGACACGAUACUGUCCAGAGGUGAAUCAGGGAGGGCAUUUGAUAUUACAAUGCUGUGGAUAAGAUGGGAGCUGCUGCUAAUGGCCAGCAUAUGCUGGCAGAGGGGCCACACAGAUAAUCAUGAGGCUACGAAGAGUCUUGGGCAUGUGACUGUGGUAGUUGUGGGUGGAACAGGUGACUUGGCCAGGAAGUACCUGUGGCAAGGCUUUUUCCAGCUCUAUGCUGACCAGGUAGGCAAAGGACACACCUUCUCAUUUUACGGUGGGGGACUUUCGCCGACCGAGAAGGGGACGCCGCUGCUGUUUGGGAUCUUGAAGGAGCUGGCUUGCCCUCCGGAGCUCUCUGUGGAGCGUUGUGAUUUGGUCAAAGACCAGUUCCUGCAUCUGUCCAAGUAUCACCAGCUGAAGACUACUGAGGACUACGAGAAGCUCAGCCAGCAGAUCAAACAGCAGCUAGAACAGGAGGGUAUGGUCGAAGCAGGGAGGCUCUUCUACCUGUCUGUUCCAGCUUUCGCAUAUGCAGACAUUGCAGAGAAGAUCAACAAGACCUGCCGCCCCCCAUCUGACGCAUGGCUCAGGGUGGUACUGGAGAAGCCAUUUGGUCACGACCUUUACAGUGCUCAGGCCCUUUACAAAAAAUUGUCAGACCAGCUGAAAGAAAAGGAGAUGUACAGGAUUGACCACUAUUUAGGGAAGCAGAAUUUGCAUCAAUAG